GGCGAUUAGGAAACAGUUUUUUCGGGGAUUCCCCGUGACGACAUCGCUCUUCGCCAUUUUGGUAAUUGGCCGCGUACUCUACAAACUCUUCUUCCUCAUCUAUUCCGAACUGAGUUCGGAACUCUGACAGUUCACUGGUGGUCAUUGUUAUCAUCAUCAUGGAGACAUCCAAAUGCUGAGAUGUUGAUCAAGUGAUCAGAAUCAGUCGUUAACUUAAACAACAAGAUCUAGUAGUACUGGCAUGAUGAUGACUGGAUCUAAUCGAGUUCUGAAUUGGACAUCUUUACUUUAGUCUUUAGUUUCGCCUAGUUCAUCACGACACGAGUCACGUCAGGUUGUUGGCCUACGACUGGGCCUGGGAAGAAUGAUCAGAUAAUACAGCUGCAGGUUAUGAUGCAGAAUUUGUGUGGAUAGACCUAUUGAAUGAGAAUGGAAAUGGAAAAGAAUAAUAGAAGUUCUGUCACCGAAGAAGAAUUUUUGAGAUUGGCCCAGCUCAUCUCACCGAGGUACUAUUCAGAUUUAGGGAUACAUUUGGGAAUCUCAUCUGCUGAACUUGAUCAUAUCAUUGUCCAACAUUCAUCGAAUUACAAGGAUGCAUUGAUGACAAUGUUCACACGGUGGAGAGAUGAACAACAUCCAGAUGAAGAUAUCAGAGCUCUUCUUGCAGAAGGAUUAGAAAAGAGUGACUUAGGGGGAUUGUCCAAAGAACUUCUAGCUGGGAAUCUAAUCCAGAAAACAACAGAUUUCAGACAAACAACUGCAACAACUUCAACAACUUCAAGAGCAUCAACUUCAACAGGAGCAGUAGACAUGUCAGCAUUACCACAUACCGUCAGUGAGGAAGAACUUUUGAUGUUAUCAAUGGAAAUUGGACCUACUUACUACAAGAGGAUUGGCGUUAACCUGAAGAUCUCGUUUGUGACUCUUGAUAAAAUAAAGAAAGACACACAAGAUACUACUGAUGCAUUGAUGACAGUAUUCACAAGAUGGAGAGAUAAACAGCUUCCAGACACAAACAUCAGGGCUCAUCUUGCAGAGGCUUUACAAAAGAGUGGUCUAGUGUCGCUGUCUCAGAAACUGAUUCCUAUAGAUCUAUUAGGGACAGGUGCAUCAAUGCCAGCAUCACAGACCCAACCACUCACUCCUGACCUGGUUGAAAGAUGUAGAAAGGAGCUUCAAUCCCAUUACAGAAGAUAUUUCUGUAAGAUAAGAGCUGAUAGUCUUAAUCCACGUUCCCUUUUGCCGUGUGAAGACAUAUAUACACACCUUGUUUUGGAAGAAAAAGAUUAUCGCAAUAAGAAGCGAUCACUCGAAUAUAAGGACCUCUUCAAACUUGAAAUUAAUGGAGAGUUUCCAAAUCGGAUCAUCAUUCAGGGAGAUGCAGGGGCUGGAAAGACGACACUCUGCGCAAAGAUUGCAUGGGACUGGAUAAACGAUAGUCCUGAUGUUCCUAAGUUUGUAUGGGUACUUGUAAUCCCUCUUCGUGAAGUCAAGCGAUACACAAUUGGUCAGAUAGUCAAGUCUUAUCUCUCAAAGGAUAACCCAGCAACAGCCUGUCAGAUCACCGAGUACAUCCGUUCAAAUCCAGAAAAGGUAUUCAUUGCCUGUGAUGGUUUAGAUGAGUUUAGUGGCAAGGUUGUACAGCACUCUGAAACCAAACAAGAAUUAGCAGGUGCUCAGCCAGAAUCUAAUGAUCAACCAGAUUCAAGACCAAAAUCAAAGCGACGAAAGUUAAUGGGGCAUAUGUCCUCAGGUACACCAAUUGCCCCAUUGAUGCCAAGAGGCAGCAUCUCAGAUGCAAGUGAAAGCACUACUGAAGAAGAUGAUAUCUCUCUAGUACAUAUCCUUCGUUCAGAUGAACUUAGCAAUUGCCCAGUGAUGGUGACCAGUCGUCCAUGGAAGGCCAAUGAGAUAAAGUGGGAUCUCAAUCUAAUGAAACUGUAUGCUUUCAUUCAUGUGGAAGGCUUUAGUAAGAAGAAUGUGGAGGUUUACAUUCACAAGUACUUUAAAGACAAUACAGUCACAGCAGAUCAGCUUAUUCAAAUGAUCAAAGAGAAUGAUAUCAUAUCAGAGUAUAUGGCACCCUAUCCUAUCUAUAUAUCUAUGCUCUGUCUUAUGUGGAGAGGACUUGAUGACAAAAAGAAAGAAUUGUUUAAAACCAUUCGAACAUUCUCUCAAUUAUUUCAUGAGAUGUUUGAAUUCUUAAACGUGCAUUAUGUCCAAAAAGAGAUCCAAGAUCUAAGGAGUCCAUCAUUUAAUGACCAUCGCUCUAAAAUUGAAAAACUCAUGGAACCCGUUGCCAAAUUGGCAUUUACUGGACUGCAAUCGAACAACCUUAUUUUCAAUGAAGAAGAUCUUGAACAGUACUCAGACUCUGUGGAAACAGCAUGCAAAGUAGGGGUGUUGUCACAGGAGAAUAAGCUCUCAUCCAUUCAUGAUAAGAGCAGUCCGUACCUGCAGUCAACGUUCUAUUUUCCUCAUAAACUAUUCCAGGAGUACAUGGCUGCAGUCUAUCUUGCUUCUCUCUAUGAAUCAGAUUGCACUGAAUUUAAGAGGCUGAUUCAGGAAGUAGUGCUUCCUAGGAAGGAAGAGUUUAGGUAUCUCCUGUACUUCACUGUGUCACAGGACAAAACGAUUGCCAAUUAUAUCACAAAAUGUCUGUUACCACAGUACCCCCAAAGCCAAUAUGAGGAGGAGAUGAAUUUCUUGGUUGAUGUAGCUUUUGAGAGUCAGGAUGAAGAUACCAGCGCCAUGCUUCGGAAUUCAGUAUCAUCUCUGUCCAUUGAUGUUACAGACACACACACUAUAGCUGGUUAUGCAUCCACUGGGAUAUAUUCAAAGGCGAUCACAGUGCGUAUUGGUAGAUAUUCCUAUGGACCAGGUAUAUCAAAUGAGGUUGCAGUGAUGAUAUGCUCAGCACCAUCACUAAGGGAUGUUAGACUGGAUGCAAGCUUUCACCCUACCUUCUAUGAAACUCUUGCCAGAGAAGGAAGGAAAGCCGCAGUCCAUACUCUUCAGAUUUGGAAUGAUAAGCGUCUAUCAUCAGCCUCUUCACAUCACCUAGCAGAAGCAUUAUGCUCUCUACCUAACCUGACUAACCUGACACUGAGAGGAGAUUGUUACCAGGAGGAGUUCUGUUCUCAUCUGAAUAAGAAGGCUUCAACCUUGAAGGGUUCUUUCCCUCAGAUCAGCAAAGGAAAUUUCAUAUUCAAUGGAGUGCCUCAGAAGGAUCUUCAAUCAUUCCUACAAGCAGUCAGUGACGAGAUACGGCAAAUGGAAUUAAUGACAAGCUAUUUAUCAAGAUUGAGCUCUUCGGUUGGAUCCUCUUUCUGAACAUGAGUACUCUGCUGCUGGUGCCUCUUCCUCAGACAAAUAUUUUGAUGAAUGACAUUUCUCUGCCAUGGACUGUGUCAUGUACAUGUAUUAUCAUUAGCAAUUAUACCUGUGCGUAUUGAUGUAAAAAGCAUUAUGAUGUCACUGACGUCUGCAUGAUACGCUGCCAUGGUAACCGGUGAUGCGGGAUGAAAGCCUUGGAAUUUUUAACUAAAUAUACCACCUUGGAUUUGAUUAUUUAGUGUAUGUAUUGGUGACAUAGUGGCAAGUAAUUCAUACAAACAUAUAACAGAGUAUCCCAACCAUCUAGAUGGUAUAACCAGUUUCAUUCUACUCUAAUGAAUAGAACCAUCUUAUUGGUCUCCAUGACAGUCACUAGAUCCUACAAUGGUGUGUACAUAUAACAGAGUAUCCCAACCAUCUAGAUGGUAUAACCAGUUUCAUUCUACUCUAAUGAAUAGAACCAUCUUAUUGGUCUACAUGACAGUCACUAGAUCCUACAAUGGUGUGUACAUGUACAUAUAACAGAGUAUCCCAACCAUCUAGAUGGUAUAACCAGUUUCAUUCUACUCUAAUGAAUAGAACCAUCUUAUUGGUCUACAUGACAGUCACUAGAUCCUACAAUGGUGUGUACAUGUACAUAUAACAGAGUAUCCCAACCAUCUAGAUGGUAUAACCAGUUUCAUUCUACUCUAAUGAAUAGAACCAUCUUAUUGGUCUACAUGACAGUCACUAGAUCCUAUGAUGGUGUGUUCAUAAACCCAUUUCAGUUUUAUCCCUGGAACAUUAUUUUAAUCCUAAAAUGACUGUGGAGCUCGUUCUAUCCCAGAAUGUUUUGCAAUGAAUUUAUAAUGUGAAAUGCUUUCAAACUGAUAUUCAGGCAUUUUUUGGUUAAUAAAGCAUCAUUAUAUGACAGCUAAUGAUAUCAUGCAAUGCAUUUUUAAUAGACUCAACAACUUUUCAGCAUAGAAGAUUAUGCAGUCACCACCUGUCGAUGCUAAUUUUCAUUUAUUUACCAAGUACAUGACGUUAACAACAUGAAAUCACCUUGCUAUGCAAAUAUGAAGUAUUUUUGAAAGCUAUUCCAACUAUUUUCACAUUAUUCUUAACCAAAACCCAUGUUUCAUCUGUCAAAUUACAUCAGUUUGAUGUGUUAUCAAGCCAAACUCUUCCAGAGGUAAUACUGUUUUAAUUCUUCCUGGAAUCCUAUUAUGCUGUUAUCUGAGGCAGAAGAUCUAACAACUAUGCUGUAGAAAAUGAGAAUGUCCUUGUAUUAUGUUUAUCAUAAAGGAGAAAGUCACUCCUUCAAUUCUAGUAUGUUUAUCAUAAAGGAGAAAG